AUGGCGCUGAAGACGCCGACGCCGGGCGCCGGCCAGCGCGAGACCUGGGGCAAGAAGGUGGACUUCUUGCUGUCGGUCAUCGGGUUCGCCGUCGAUCUUGCCAACGUCUGGCGCUUCCCGUACCUCUGCUACAAGAAUGGCGGAGGUGCAUUUCUGGUGCCGUACUGCAUCAUGUUGGUGGUGGGCGGAAUCCCGCUGUUCUACAUGGAGCUGGCCCUGGGCCAGUUCCACAGGAAGGGCGCCAUCACCUGCUGGGGCAGGCUGGUACCCCUCUUUAAAGGCAUCGGGUAUGCUGUGGUUCUGAUCGCUUUCUACGUGGACUUCUACUACAACGUGAUCAUCGCGUGGGCUCUGCGCUUCUUCUUCGCCUCCUUCACCACCAUGCUGCCGUGGACAAACUGCAACAAUGAAUGGAACACCCCUGCUUGUCGUCCGUUCGAAGUGAUAUCGGAGGCCGCACUGAACAAGACUCUCUCUCAACGAAACAGCUCGUAUGCGCCGCUUCCUCCCGCCGAAACUACCCCCUUCACUUCCGCAGCUUCUGAAUACUUCAAUCGGGCAAUCUUGGAGCUGCAAGGGAGCGAGGGUCUCCAUGACCUGGGAGCCAUCAAGUGGGACAUGGCGCUGUGCCUGCUGGCGGUCUACAUCAUCUGCUACUUCUCGCUGUGGAAAGGGAUCAGUACUUCGGGAAAGGUGGUGUGGUUCACAGCUUUGUUUCCUUACGCGGUGCUCCUGAUUCUUUUGGUUCGUGGCAUCACACUCCCGGGCUCUGCAAAUGGCAUCAAAUAUUACCUCAGCCCCAAUUUUGAGGCUAUCACUCAACCUCAAGUGUGGGUGGACGCAGCGACUCAAGUGUUCUUCUCUCUUGGACCGGGGUUCGGAGUGCUUUUGGCUUACGCUUCUUACAACAAAUAUCACAACAAUGUUUACAAAGAUGCAAUCCUCACCAGCGUUAUAAACUCAGCUACGUCAUUCAUCGCGGGCUUCGUCAUCUUCAGCGUGUUGGGCUACAUGGCUCAGGCUUCAGGUCGGGACGUCCAAGAUGUGGCCACUGAAGGCCCUGGACUGGUAUUUGUGGUGUACCCAGCUGCCAUCGCUACAAUGCCUGGCUCUACCUUCUGGGCACUCAUAUUCUUUAUGAUGCUAUUAACUCUUGGCCUGGAUAGUUCCUUUGGCGGUUCAGAAGCUAUAAUAACGGCCCUCAGCGACGAGUUCCCCCUAAUCGGUCAGCACCGCGAGAUCUUCGUGGCCUGCCUCUUCACGUUGUACUUCAUCGUGGGCCUGGCCUCCUGCACCAAGGGCGGCUUCUACUUCUUCCAGCUGUUGGACCGGUACGCCGCGGGGUACUCCAUACUGAUAGCAGUUUUCUUCGAGGCUAUCGCUGUUUCUUGGAUUUAUGGCACAGAAAGGUUUUGCGAAGACAUCCGCGACAUGAUCGGCUUCCGUCCCGGCGUGUACUGGCGAGUCUGCUGGCGUUUCGCCGCUCCGUCGUUCCUGCUCUUCAUCACGGCAUACGGCCUCAUGGACUACGAACCUCUGCAGUACGAGACAUACGUUUACCCGGGCUGGGCGAACGCUCUGGGCUGGACCAUAGCGGGUUCCAGCGUGAUGUGUAUUCCAACAGUGGCGAUUUAUAAGAUCUUGAGCACUAAGGGCAGCUUUGGGGAGCGUCUCCGGAUCCUGACAACUCCAUAUGCGGACACAGAAAGCAGUGCAGCAGUUCACAACGGACUUGUAGUUUCAGAGAGUGGUGGCGUACGUCUGGCCUCGGCUGCUCAUACCCCCACCUCCCCUCAGCCGGCCACCACUCCUCCCCCCACCACCCCCACAGCUCCCCCUCCCUUGGCUUCCUCUCCAGCGCUCGUCUGA